CCUCAACGCAAGGCUGCUCUUGUUACACCAACAUCCAUCAUCUUUUAACUAUUGAAGCUCAAGAAGCAUCUAUCGUACUCUGUUGCACACAAUUACCCGUUCUGAUAAAUCUGAGGCCUUGCCGAUUCAUCUUCGAAUCCCGCGAUAAGUGAAGAUCACAAGACAAUGCGACCAGGCGUCAGGAACACCGUAGAGCGCCUCGAUAGGCCGAGCGCCUACUACCAGAACCGCAACAAGAGAAGGCGCGAUCGCGAUGACGACCAUGACCAACCUGCAGAGCCCCAAGCUGACCCUCUAGCCAAUGCCACAACCCUCUACGUCGGCAACCUAUCCUUCUACACAACCGAAGAGCAAGUGUAUGAACUUUUCGCAAAGUGCGGCGAGAUCAAGCGCCUUAUCAUGGGUCUCGACCGCUUCAGCAAAACGCCUUGCGGUUUCUGCUUUGUUGAGUACUACACACACCAGGACGCCCUCGACUGUCUAAAAUACAUUGGCGGCACCAAGCUCGACGAGCGCAUCAUCCGUACUGACCUGGAUCCCGGCUUUGAAGAGGGACGUCAAUUCGGCCGUGGAAAAUCUGGUGGUCAAGUUCGCGACGAAUACCGUGAGGACUUCGAUGAGGGCAGAGGAGGUAUUGGCAGAGCGAUACAAGCCGAAGAGCGAGACGAAUACGCCGAGGGGAAGUAAUUGGACAGUAGUGAGGCGGCGGUUGUCCUUGACGGCCGAUUAGGACUCGAUACCCUUAGAUUUUUAUACAAAGCCUUCGAUAUUUGGGAAAGUAACUGCAUUCCUUCUUCUAUGUGCAUAUAUGGUAUUCCUUUCCUUAUCUUCUAUCCCAAUGCAUACCACUGAUCUACCCUUUCACCAGUAUUUGAGACCGUCUCUCAAGCCUUUGGUUUUGUAUCAUAUCGGGCAAUGUGGUCGUCACGUUGCCUCUCAAGUUCGUAGGUGAAACAUUGGUGUUGUACAUAGAUCCCAAUACGGAUCUGCUUGCAAUUCCCGCCAUGGGAUGAAUACGCCGUUCUCCGUUAGAUCCUCAACUCGAUUGUCCUGCUUCCAAUUCUACAAAAUCGCCUUUCUAGUAACCAGGAGGGUUGAUUCGCUGUGAUACCCUUGUCCAUUUGGGUAGUUCUGUGCGAUUGUCAGCAUUGAAAUCCGGGCAAUUGGGUGAUCUGGGCAGAGUGGCAUACUGUGAAU